CGCUAUCUAAAUCAAUGAAGAUCGUUAUUGUCUCCGCACUAUUCUCAUUCAUGGUUUGGUUCAAUUCUAUUGAUUUAAGUGAACAGAUGUUCUGGAAGUGUUGUACUUCUGGAAAAACUACAUCUCCAAAAAAGAGGGAAAUUCAUCCGCAAACCAAAAAUAGAAUGGAGCUUCUAAAAUCCAAACGUCGACCCAAAGGUCCCAGAUUAGACCCAGAUCCAACUACCGACGAUUUAUUAUUUCGAUAUACGCCACAACCACAGUACCUACAACAAAAUGCGCGACUAAGUCUAACUCAGUUAAGAGAAGUACGUCCGCAACCAUUAGGUCGUGCCCCAUCAUUAGGAUUAAAACGAGAUCCAAACACCAAGGCGAUAUUAUUUUAAAUUCCUCCAUAUUCUGAGUCGCAGCAUAUGGCACUAUUACAAGCUCAACCA